AUGAUUAUGUUUGGUAAUCAAAAAUUAAAAGCCAUGAUUAAAUCCAUUGUUAUGAAUUGCAUUUAAGAAUUAUAGAAUUCAUACCUGAAUAUAUGUAGUAUUCAAUUAUAGCAAUAUCACAUAACAGUUGAAUAAUUUGUUAAUUACAUAGAGGUUGUCAAUGUUAUUAAUAAUUAAUUUUAAGAUUUAAGUAAUAUAUCAUAAGAAGUAACAUUAUGGCAUUACUUAUGGAUGAAUACUUAUUAAAAUUUAAGAUAAACACAAAUAAAAAUUUGCCGAAGGUAAUCAAUAAGUUAGUUGACUUCAUAAUAAAAUUGA